AACCUAUGAGCUCCUACAAAUAUCUUUAGCUGGUUUUCUACGCGGUUGUUUGUUUUUAAUAUUCGGAUUUUCGAAAGGCUCUCCUCAAGAUGGGAGUUAUUUGUUGUGUGGGCGGAAAAAAUACGUUUUCUUGGUGGCCGCUGCUUCUCUGCAUUUGUGUCGCAGAAAUUGCUCUCGGGCAGGUCCGUUAUUCUUUACCUGAAGAAAUGGCGACGGGCUCUGUGGUCGGGAAUAUCAUUCAGGACCUAGGCUUGGAUAUUAAACGGCUUAAAUCCGGGCGGGCUCGGAUAUUUACCGAGGACGGCAGUGAGUACAUUGGUCUGAAUGCAGAUAAGGGAACUCUGGUAGUGGCUAAAAGGAUAGACAGAGAAGAAUUGUGCAAGCAAGUUUCUCCCUGCUCUCUUCAUUUCCAAAUCAUCAUUGAAAAUCCAAUGGAGUUGCAUAGGAUUGAUGUAGAGAUUACAGAUAUUAAUGAUAAUGCUCCGUUCUUUUCGAAAAAGGAAUACGAUUUCCAGGUUAUUGAAUCCGCCUCACCAGGGGCUCGCUAUUCACUUGAGAGCGCAAAAGAUCCCGAUGUAGCACAUAACACUCUUCAAACAUACAAACUCAACCCUACAGAUCAUUUCAAAUUGAAUGUUGUUUCUCGACCUGACGGGACAAAAUAUAUUGAAAUGGUUCUGCAAACGUCGCUUGACAGAGAAAAACAAGAAGAGCACAAAUUAACGUUGACAGCAUUUGACGGUGGUAAUCCUCAGAAAUCGGGAUCUGUCAAAAUUAAUGUCGUUGUUUUGGAUGCUAAUGACAAUGCACCAGUAUUCACACAGUCUGUUUACAGAGUUACAGUUCCUGAAAACGCUUCUAGGGGCACUGUUAUUUUAAGAGUCAGUGCCACUGAUAAUGAUAAAGGAGCAAACAAUGAAGUGGCGUAUUCGUUCUCCAAGCAUACCGAUAGUGCAUCAUCCCUGUUUAAUAUUGACCCCCAUACCGGAGAAAUUACUGUAAAUGAUGUGUUAGAUUAUGAAAAAGCUAAACGUUAUGAAAUAGAUAUUGAAGCUACAGACAAGGGAGGGUUGACAGAUACAAGCAAGGUGCUAAUUGAGGUGACCGACCUAAAUGAUAAUGCCCCGGUCAUAAGCAUAAUUUCCCUUUCCAAUCCCAUACCAGAGAAUUCAGCUGCAGAUACUGUUAUAGCAAUGCUAAAUAUCAAAGACUUGGACUCAGACAAAAAUGGCCAAAUAAGGUGUUUUAUUAGCAAAGAUUUACCUUUCAAAAUCAAGUCAUCAUCAACAAAUUUUUAUAGCCUGAUCUCUGACGAUGUUUUAGAUCGUGAAACUGUGCCGGAAUAUAACAUAACAAUUACAGCAAUGGAUGAGGGCUCACCGCCUUUUUCUACAAACAAGACUAUUAAUUUAAAAAUAUCAGACGUUAAUGACAACCCCCCAAUGUUCACACAAUUAUUAAGCACCGCUUUCAUCACUGAAAAUAAUUCACCUGGCAUGUCAAUCCACUCUAUCAAAGCCAGUGACAAAGACUCAGGGAACAAUGCCCGCAUUUCCUACUUCCUCGAGGAAAGCCAAUUGAAUGGGUUGUCAGCCUCCGCUUAUUUUUCAGUGAAUGCAGAGAGUGGAGAGAUACUUGCUAUGCGUUCCUUCGACUAUGAGCAGACCAAAGAGUUUAAUAUUCGCGUCAAAGCACAGGAUGGAGGCUCUCCUCCACUGAGUAGCAACGUGACUGUGAAAAUACUGAUCCAGGACCAGAACGACAACCCUCCUCAGGUCCUGUACCCAGUCCAGACUGGUGGCUCUCUGGUGGCUGAGAUGGUGCCUCGUUCAGCAGAUGUGGGCUAUCUGGUCACUAAAGUGGUGGCUGUUGAUGUGGACUCUGGACAGAAUGCCUGGCUCUCCUAUAAACUGCAGAAAGCCACGGACAGGGCGCUGUUUGAAGUGGGCUUACAGAAUGGAGAAAUAAGGACUAUCCGCCAGGUGACUGAUAAAGAUGCUGUGAAACAAAGACUGACUGUUAUAGUGGAGGACAACGGGCAGCCCUCUCGUUCAGCUACAGUCAUUGUUAACGUGGUGGUGGCUGACAGCUUCCCGGAAGUGCUGUCUGAGUUCACUGACUUUACACAGGACAAGGAGUACAAUGACAACCUGACUUUUUACUUAGUGCUGGCUCUGGCUGUAGUGUCCUUCCUCUUCAUCACGUGUUUAGUGGUUAUCAUAUCAGUGAAGAUCUACAGGUGGAGACGCGAGCAAGUGUUUUACAAAUCUAGUGGGAAUCUUCCUGUUAUUCCGUAUUACCCGCCCCUUUACGCAGACGUAGGAGGUACCGGUACGUUGAAGCAGGCACUCAGUUACGAGGUGUAUGGAACUACCGACUCCCGGAUGAGUGACAUGAAGUGCUCCCGACCCUUCAGUCAGAGCACUCUGACUGUUGACCAUAGUGCUACCAGGACAGUGCCAAGGCAGGUACCUGAGUCAGAGAAUAUACUCACAGAGGUGAGAUCAAGCCCUUCCUUGUUUCAUUUGAACCCUUGA